CGUCUGCUGCCCACAUUCCCACUUGACAUCUCUCGCACCUGCAACCUGCGCCUCUCCUCCGCGGCGACAGCUUCACUCCAGCAGUUUUCAUCCUCCAGAGGUGUCUCGACGCGUCCAAAGAUGCUGGCUUGUACGGAGAUGAUCACUAUGUGCCUGCAGUCGGCCAAGCAGAAGCAUCUCCGGGCUCAGCUGCAGCUGCAGCAGCAGCAGCCGCCGCUGCAAAGCGCCGGACAGGGGCUGACCAUCUUCCAUGAUAUUUUCCGCAGAGCAGACAAAAACGAUGAUGGGAAGUUGUCAUUUGACGAGUUCAACACUUACUUUGCCGAUGGGAUCCUGACCACUGAGGAGCUGCAGGAGCUCUUCUACUCCAUAGACGGUCGACAGAAUAACAAUCUGGACACCGACAAGCUAUCAGAUUAUUUUUCUCAGCACCUUGGAGAGUAUCUGAAUGUACUCUCUGCACUGGAGCACCUGAAUAUCGCCAUUUUGAAGGCCAUGGAUAAAACUAAGGCGGAGUACCAGGACGCCAGCGUUUUGGGCCAGUUUGUCACCCGGUUCAUGCUGAGGGAGACGUCCAGCCAGCUGCUGUCCCUGCAGAGGUCCCUGCAAUGUGCCAUGGAGGCUGUGGAGGAGCAGAGCAGCCCGGCCCCGAGAGAGGUAAAGGCUCCGGAGCUGACAGCAGGACAGAGAAAUGGCAGGCGGUGUGGUCGCAGGGUUCAUAAUAACAUGUGCAUGUCCCCAUCUGAUCCCUGCAAAGGGAUCCUGACCACAGGCGUCAGCAUGGAAGACGGAGAGAACUGGUGCUCCCAGAUUAACAGGUUGCAGCAACUCUUGGAUAAACUGGAAUGCCAGAGUCCCAAGUUGGAGCCACUCAAGGAGGACACACUGGCCAGCACAUACAAGUCUAACAUCCUACUAGUUCAGAGGCAGAUGUCAGUGACUGAUGACGAUCUGGACGACUUCCGCAAAGUGCUGAAGAGCUACAUCGACGCCACCUCUGCCCACUCUGACAACCUGCACGUGUCUGUUCAGAAGCUCCCAGGAAAGUCGUGUUACAUAAUGUAUGAGUUCUGGCAAGACCGCAUCUCCUGGAUGAGCUAUCUUCAGUCCAACAGCAGUAAAGAUUUCCAGCGCUGCGUCAUCGACAUGCUGGAAGACGCUGAAACCGUCUCUACUAUGUUGCUCCCAGCGUCGUGGUGGAUUAUGACUAACAACUAGCAGCCCAAUCCAGAGUGUGACAUCCACUGCCUACACUGUCACAUGGACAAAGGCACACUGGCGCAUCAACCCACCCACUCUCUCACUCCACACACACACACACACACACACACACACACACACACA